UACUCAAUCAAUGGUACAACUACUCUCACAUAAGCUACUAGAGAUGGUUUCUGUCAUAGUGAAAUCAUUAACUGUAUAAUGACGUUUAAACUAGGGGUUCUUAUUUCUAAAUUAGUUCUUUAUAUUAUUUUUAAAACAAUUUGUGCAUUAUGUUAUGUCUCUUAAACUUCUUAUAACAAAUCUAACUCUUAUAUUUUAACGAAAUAAAUGUAAAGAGAAUGGCUCGGCCGAAGCAUAGAGUUAAUACGGAUAUAUGCGCUGACUGCGGAGCCUUUGAACCUGGAUGGGCUUCAUUAAACAGAGCAAUUUUAUUAUGUGAUGAUUGUUGUGGUGUACAUCGUAGUCUUGGUCGUCAUAUAUCUCAAAUAAAAUCUCUUCAUAAAAGCAUUUGGCAUACAAAUUUACUUAAUAUGGUGCAUACAUUAAAUGAUAAUGGAGCAAACAGUAUUUGGGAACAUUCCCUUUUAGAUCCUAGUAAUUCAAAAAUUAAUAGGAGAAAACCACAAGCUAAAGAUCCAUUACAUCCAAUAAAAGCUGAUUUUAUUAAAGCAAAACAUCAACAUUUAGUGUUCAUAUUACAUCCAAGUAAGGAAGAAUGUUGUAGUGAAGAAGAAUUAAGUAGGCAGUUGCAUAGUAGUGUUCGUACAAGUAAUUUAGAAACUUCUUUAAGAUUACUUGCACAAGGUGCUAAUCCAAAUUAUUUUUAUAAGGAAAAAGGUACAACACCUUUACAUGUAGCUGCUAGAGCAGGUCAAGCUUUACAGUUAGAACUUUUAAUAGCUAAUGGUGGUAAUCCUAAUAUGGUUGAUUCAAAUGCACAAACACCUGCUGAAAUUGCUAAAAUGGCAGGACAUAUAGAUUUAUCUGAUCGUUUAAUUGAAUGCAUGUACGAAGUAACAGAUAGACUGACAUAUUUUAUAUGUUUACGUAAACCAAAUCAUAAAGUGGAUGAACAUAUUAUUAUUCCUGAAUGUACAUUAUUAUUGGAACAAAGUGAUUUGUGCUUAGAAGGAAGAAAUAAAUUACAAAUGUUAUCAAAUCAUUUAUUGGAAGAAUUGGCAAUGGAUGUUUAUGAUGAAGUAGAUCGAAGAGAAAAUGAAGAAAUUUGGUUUGGAACUGCAUCUUUACCAGAAAAAUGUACUGUACCUUUUCUACCAGUUAAUCCACAAUUAUCAUCCACAAGGAACCAAGGUAGACAAAAAUUAGCAAGAUUUACACCAAAGGAAUUUGCUACACUUAUUAUAGAUAUUCUUAUUGAAGCUCGCAGAAGACAUAUGCUUGCAAAUAAUGCGCCCUUACAAGUAUUUAUAGAUCCAGCUAUUUCUAUACUUCGUAAAGAACAACAUGGAAAAUAUGGAUCACAAAUGUCUGAUGAUGAACCUUUAUAUGAUAGUGUAGCUUCUGAUGAUGAUUAUGCAUUGACAUCGGCUGACAAUACAAUACCUGAAUAUUCAACACAAUUUAAAAUGGAUAAUGAAGAAGCCUUUGCUCCAUUAGCCAAGGGACUUCCAUCUGUUGUAGAAGUUUUGAAAAAACAACUAACUCUCUCUGAAUCUACCGUCAGGGAUCUCCGUGAACAGAUUUCUACAUUACAAAAUACUAUAGAACAACUGACACAUGAAAAUAAUGAAUUAAAACAAAUGAUUCAUUUAAAAGGAUCUACUGAUGCGGUUAUUAAUGGUCAUAUUAGUGGAGAACAAGAACCAGAAUUAGAGCCAGUACUUGAUAUAAAAACAUCUCUUAGUCGAACUAAUCAACGACCUGCGUCUAUGUAUGAAACAAGAGAAGGUCUACGAAAACCAAAUUCAUGGUCAACAUCUAUUUGCCAGUCAAAACGCGAUUCAGAGACAGUGUCUCGUGGCAAUACACAAAGUCUAUGGGACUAUGGAGCUCCUAAUCUUCCUUCUAGCGAAGAAGUUACUAGAAGAACUGAACAAGUUACAAAAAGAAUUCGGGAAUUAUGGAUGGCCAUGCAAAAUCCAAAACAACGAGAAGCUUUUGUACCUUGUGCAGAAAGAAUUCGUGUUGCUGUUGCUGAACUCACAGCUAUAUUUCCUCAAAAUCCUAUUGAGGAAAACGUCAGAUCUGCUCUAAGACAAUUAAAUGGUAAUACAGGUAGACUUCAAGCAGAAUGUUCUGGUCUUCAAAGAUGUACUAGUGAUACAGAACAUAUGGAUAGAUGCCUCCAACAAGUACGUUCAUGUGUUUAUGAUAUUGCCAAAGCAACAAAGCUACUUGUUACCCAAUUUCAAACAUAACAAAUCAAAGGCAAAGUAUUAUAGUUUAAAUAAUUUUUCCAUAUUUGAUGUAUAUAUAAGUUGUAUAGAUACUUAACAUCAUAAUACUCAAAAUCAUCACAAAUUAAAAUAUUUAAUAAGUAUUUUCGUUUUAUAUUCCGUAAUAAUAAUUUGUUGUUUAAUAUUCUUAUUUUUAUGUAAAUAAUGAGGAGAUUUUAAUGCAUGAAUAAUAUUAUAGUUUAUUAAAAAAAAUAUAAAACAAGACAUAUUUCAUGAUUCAUAUAAUAUUAAUGUAAUUUUUAAUAUAUUAUAAAGACUGAAUAGCCACAAA